GGGGCCCCGGGGCUGGGCUGGGUCUGCCAGCCCGCUCCCCAGUCGGCGGUGGGACGCGGCCACUGAUGUCUUCGCAGUCCUUGCGCGCGGGGAGCUCUGGGGAGCGAAGGGGCGAGGCAGGCGGCGGGAUGGGGCUGAGCUGAGCCUGCCCGGCGGCGGCCCUCCUCUCUCUCUCUCCCGCCGCCGGCUAAGGAGGGUCCGGAGGCGCUGACGUCUUCUUCCUCCAGCUGCUGGAGAGCGCCCCCCGCCCGCCGCACACAAAGGCGACCACAAGCAGCAGCAGCAGCAGCAGCCGCCACCAGCUCCAACCCGCGGCGGCAGCAGCAGCGUCCGGACUCUCCGAGGCGUCCGCAGUGGCUGCGCUGCCAGUCCGGGGCGGGCUGGAGGGGAUCGCGCCCCCUCCCAUGCCCAGCCCCGGCUGCUGCCGGCCUGCCCUUCCCCGCCUCGGCGGGGCCGGCGGCUGUCGGGGCUCUGCGAGCCAUGAGGAGGCUCUGCCGGGGCGGCCCUCCGCUCGCCUCCCGCCUCCCCCGUGCCCAGCGCCGGAGCCGGACGUGAGGAGAAGCCGGGAAGGGAGGAAGCAAGCGGGGCUCCUGCUGCCCAGCCAGCCAGCCGGCGCUCGGGAGGGCAACUUGCAGGAGACCUGGAAUACAACAUUGAGGAGAAACGACAACGCUUGAUAUCCAUCACAGUCAUGGAGACCAACCAGGACUCUUCGUUGUUCCUCAUGAACAUUUUGGAAGAACUAGAUACCAAACAAAACACUGUUUCCUACCAGGAUCUCUGCAAAUCCUUGUGUGCCAGGUUCGACUUGUCCCAGCUGGCCAAGCUAAGAAGCGUGCUCUUCUACACGGCCUGCCUGGACCCAAAUUUCCCCGCCACCUUGUUCAAAGACAAAAUGAGGUGCACCGUCAACAACCAGCAAUCCAAGAAGAUCAUGGUGGCGGCAGACAUUGUGACGAUCUUCAACCUCAUCCAGAUGAACGGGGGCGUGGCCAAGGAGAAACUUCCUGUGGCCCGAGAGAAAGUGCGGAAGAAAGAAUCGCUGGAGUCCUGCCGGUCGGACACGGAAGUAUGCAAUGUGGUGGACUGCGUGCCUAACUGCGAGAUCAGAGACAGGGAAUUUAGCAGGGGGUAUUCGGGCAGGAAGUCUUCCAAAUGCAGGAAGGGGGAUUGUAAAGACUGCCCGCAAUUUGUGCCUGCUUCGGAACCGAACUUUUUGCUUGGGGUCAAUAAGGACAUGAAGGGCCGAGCAGCUUCCCUUGAUCGGUUGCAAGCCCUGACGUCAUAUACCAUGGCCAGCUCUCCCCCCUGCGAAAUGCAGAGUACAUAUUUCCCCAUGAACAUUGAGACUGAGUCUAUAUCGGACCAGGAGUCAUUGCCCAUCAGCGUGGGCAUCAAGGAGACGUUCAUUUCAAAUGACGAGCCCUUUGUCAUGCAGUCGUGCAUGCAGAAACGAAACAUCUUCAAGGAAGAUUUCCACAACCUCCUCACCAUAUCGCCCAACAUGAUGUCGCCCACUAGCAAAGUGGAAGAUGAGUUAGGAGACGCCCCAAGCCACAAAGAGACUUCCAAGCAAGCCUUUUUCAAUCACAGUUUUGAAAUGCCCUACAGCAGUCAAUACUUGAACCCGAUUUAUUCUCCUGUCCCGGAUAAGCGACGAGUCAAACACGAAAGCUUAGAUGAUCUCCAAGCCUCUACUUAUUUUGGCCCGACGACUGUUCUCGGAUCGCAAGAGACUAAGCGGUGGUUGGGAAAGCCUAGUAAACAAACCCCGUGGCCAGCCAAAAGCUGGAGUCUGAAUACUGAAGAAGUCCCUGAUUUUGAGAGAUCCUUUUUUAACAGGAAACAGUCAGAGGACAAACCCCGGUACCAGGGUUCCAACAGCCAGCCUUCCAAUUUCCCUGUCACUGAGAGACAUCAAACUUAUCUCAACCCAAAAGAUCAGCCAAGCUACGCUGUGAAACCAAACGGGCAUAAACCCAAAGAAAUCCCUGCCAUUCUAGAAAUGGAGAAGCACGAGCCCAUCAAAAAGUUCAAGGACAAAAGUAUUAACUGCACUUCUGUUCAGCUUCUCAGCGUGGACAAAACCAACAGCAUUGGGACACAGACAGACCAGCAAGGGUUGGAACACAAGAAGUGCAAAGAGAUGGGUCACCCAUCCCAGAAUAAAUAUGGCGAACGUCAUUCUCUUAAGCAAUCGGACGAUGACUCUGAAAUCGUAAGUGAUGAUAUCAGUGAUAUCUUCCGGUUUCUGGAUGACAUGAGCAUCUGUGGGUCUACUGGAGUGAUGCAGUCAUCAUGUUACAAUAGCACUGGCUCCCUUUCGCAGAUACACAAAUCCGACUGCGAAAGCUCCCCUGAACACCAUUUAGUGAAGAUUUCCAAUGGGAAUUCCAGUAACAAGCUAGACAAAGUGACUCGGCUGGAGAUCAGCAGCACAGAUGACGAACUGAAAACCAGUGUCUGCAAACUAGUCCUGAGGAUUGGGGAAAUUGAGAAGAAACUGGAGUCUCUCUCGAGUGUCCGGGAUGAAAUUUCCCAGGUCUUGGGGAAGCUGAACAAAUUGGACCAAAAGAUCCAGCAGCCAGAGAAAGUGAGUGUUCAGCUAGACCUUAAUUCCUUGACGAGCGAAGCUCAGUCAGAAGAAAGUACCUCUCCUAGGAUGUUCUCCUGCCACAAUUCAUCCCAUGGGGGCAAACUGGAGAACAAUCCAGACUGGUGCUGUUCUGAUGCCAGUGGCAGUAACAGCGAAAGCCUUAGAAUCAAAGCCUUAAAAAAAAGCUUAUUCACCAGGAGGUCUUCUAGGUCACUGACGGAGGAAAAUAGCGCCACAGAAUCCAAGAUAGCAAGCAUUUCCAAUUCUCCUAGGGACUGGCGAGCUAUCAGUUAUUCCAACCAAGUUGGCAUCACAGAAGAAGAGAUGAAAGACCGAGGCGGGAGUGAGAACAAGGACUGGCACAGGAAAUCCAAAGAGGCAGACAGGCAAUACGAAAUCCCGCAGCCGCACAGACACUCCAAACCAGCCAAAGACUCUUUCUUGAUCGAGCAGGUCUUCAGCCCACAUCCCUACCCGGCAUCGCUCAAGUCACACAUGAAGAGCAACCCCCUCUACACGGACAUGCGGCUGACAGAACUGGCCGAAGUGAAGCGGACCCAGCCCUCGUGGACCAUCGAAGAAUACACGAGGAACUCGGGGGAAAAGGGGAAGCUGGCAGCCUUGGAUCUGCAGACUCAAGAAUCUUUAAAUCCCAACAAUUUAGAAUACUGGAUGGAGGACAUAUAUACGCCGGGCUACGACUCGUUAUUAAAACGCAAAGAAGCAGAAUUCAGAAGAGCAAAAGUCUGCAAAAUCGCUGCAUUGAUUGCAGCUGCAGCCUGUACAGUGAUCCUAGUGAUCGUCGUUCCCAUAUGUACUAUGAAAUCAUGAAUUCACCGAUGGAUGAAUAAUGCCCAUCCUGUACAGAACAUUGCUCCCGAGAUCCCAUUCAGUAUUUAAACCACCUUGUGGCCAAUAUUGUGAGGAGGAGCUGGGGAGGGUUUGCUGAGAGACCUCCACAAAUGAACAUGUAAAGAAAUUUUGGAUUUUAUUUUUUUUUAAGGGAAAAAAGCAAAGCAUUUGGCAAACUCAAUGGGAAUUCGGUUUCAAUUUUUACACAUUACUACAACUGGAAUGUUCUUUUCCCCCCACCCUUGGAGGAGAAGAGAAAAUACUUUGGAAACUGAUGAAGAGAGCAUUUCCCCCCUCUUCCCAUACCAAGCUAAAUUUUAUACUGCAGCUAUAGUUAUGGUUGGGAACUGCGCUGUAUGAUAUGCCUUUCAUCAGACAACUAAGAGGAACGGUAUCGCUCUCGAAAAUGUGAACAACCUGAAUGUAUUGUGUUGCGUUCAUUGCUUGUUUGUCCGACUUUGCAAGCAGAUUGUGUAGCCAUGAGAUUGUGCAUUCCGACAUUUGGAAUCGAUAAGGGCUCUUUGUAUCCUGGUCUUGCCCCAAUACCUUCUUUGUUAUCACUGAGUACGUCGCUAAAAUGCUAUCUGCUGCAGACCCAAACAGAUUCUGUUGAAAAAACAAUCCUAAAGGCGGUUUCGGUUGUUUGCAUUAAUCGUGCAUUUCCAAAAAAGCCCAGCCAAAAGAGUGCUUUCAUUUCACCUCCACAGAUGGCAUAAAGAUGUUUCUGCUUCACUCCGUUCCAGCCGGAUAAACCUACCCAAUUCAAGAGGUGCCCACUGUUCUGUUGCAAAUUCUUGCAAAUAUAGCCAGAGAGGUUAUAAUUCUGUCACCAACAGGUUGUGUCUCUUACAGUGUGAAACCAUUGGAACAUUUCAUAUGCCGUAUUUCCCCGAAUGGAAGACAACUCUGGAUUUUAGACAAUCCCCUUAAAAAAACAGGUUAUUUAACUGUAUUUGUCUGAAAGGAAGAAGUCUCUGAAUUUAAGAUGACCCUCUAUUUCUCACAUCAAAAAACUUGGGGGGGAACGCUAGUCUUGGAUUUAGGUAAAGUGUGUCUGUGCACGUGUGUGCGUGCGUGUGUGUGAUAUACUGGGCCCUUUUGCAUGAUUAUAAUUAGGGUAGGAAAAGUGUUCGGAAGCUAUACACAAUCCCUGUGGUGUUUUUGUUUAAUCCAUUCCUUGAUCCAGGCCAGCUUUUGAAUAGGGUUUUGGUGACUUGUAUUCCAGUCCUGGAGUAGAGGCGGGGCUAACAGCCAGCCAGCAGCAAGAGCACUGAAGCAGUUGCCUCUCUAUACCUAAUAUCUAUUUCAAUAAACCAUUCAUGUCCCUGAUUCCACUCCACUGCCUUGUCCUUGCAUACCACAACUCCUUCCUUGGGAUUCUACACUCCCGUUUUGUGAUUGUGCAUGAGAGAAACAGCAAGGUCAGAGGGGGAGGAAGUGAUCAUCUGGGAGAAAGGAGCUGGGUCAAAGGGCACCUUCCGACCCCACUCUUGGACACAGCACUUUACCGAGGUAGGAGGAAUCGCUGUCUGACUCAGCCCCUCGCUCCCAGACUAUCACUAUCCCUCAUGCAAAAACACAAAAUGCACAGCUGCCGAAUGAGGAUAGGACACCUGUCCUAUUCUAGACUUGUCCUACCUUGUAAUCAUGUGAACGGCCUUAGUAUCAGACCAACACACACACACACACACAAAUAUGUCGUGCUAUUCAAUUUUAUAGAUCAAAAAAAGAAGGCAGCACCAUUUUAAGUUCAUGCAUUAAAAUAUUAGUUGGUUUAAAAGGUGCUGCCUUCACACACACACACACACACACACACACACACACACACACAUAAAUAUUGACAUAUAUAUAGAGAGAGAGAGAGAGGGAGAAAGAGAAUUUUAAAAGCUGCAAUCAGAACUCCCUACAAGUAUUGUCUGGGUCCUGGAAGGGUGCAAUUACAUAAAUAAUAUAAGUGUAUUGUUAAUUAAUGAAAAAAUGAGAUGGAGCCAAACCUCUCUGCACAUGACAUUUUCCAGGCAUCCCUCUGCAAUAUCUUUUAAAGUGCACACCUACAAAUGUUAUGUCUGAAUGCAAACGUGAGCAUUUGCAAACAGAUGUACUCUUUGGGAAGCCACCUUCAUUGCAGCUCCCUGUUGAAUGGAAAGCCUGUGGCAAAUGUGAGUUUAUUCCUCUGUAGCAUGUGAAAAGGCCCCGAGUGAAGCCAGUUGCAGUGAGGGUAGUGGCCUUGUUGAAGACAUGGAAGCAGUUCACAUGAUGGAAAACAGGGCAGGACAAGCAUCCUACUCAGCCUUGGGAGUUGUGUGGGCUCCCAAUUUUUGAUCAUAUGUGAGGAGAUACUAGGGAGGAGGGAGUGAUCGUGUGUGAGGCAGGAGCUGGGUGGGAUGGCUUUCCCUCUUAACUUGUUAAAAUGCCGGGUACGAGAGCAUGGCAGGGCGGUGCUGUCCCACCCAGCUCCUGCUCACAAUCACUUCCCCCUUCUGCUACCUAGUUAUUUGCUUAUACGUGAUCAAAAAUCGGGAGCGCACACACGUCCCAAAGCCGGGUUGGAUUCCCAUUUUCCAGUCAUGUGAACUGUCUUAAUAAUGGCUGACAUGAUGAGGGAAAUGACUCCAAGCGAUGGUAACUCCUCCAACAUAUUCAGAUCUGUUGAGUUCCAAGACUACAGUAUCUGCGGACUCUUUUUUGUUUCCUUUCUUGCUCAUUUCAUGUGACGCCGCCGCCGCCAAAUGAAGUUCUAAAGCCCAUGUUGUAGAGUGCCAAGGAACCAGUCGGGCAUUGCUGGCACCUGGAUAUCCCACCCAAUGCCUUCUCAGUUUAAGAAUAACUGUGUUUCUGUGUUGGCUCUUUCAUGUACUGGUUUGAGGAGGCCAAUUUGAAUCUCACAGAGCCCAUGUGGAGGCCACCAGCAAUCACUGUUCCUUGAGCCUGUGAAUGCAAUGCAUAGAACUCUAGAAUGCAUCCUGGUUCAUGUGCCAGCCCAAGAAGAGGCAAUAGGUUCAUUCACAUGAUCCCCAUCAGGGCUGGAAGAGUGCCCAGCCAGGAGUGAUGAGAACUCCAAAGAUCAAGGUAGGAUCUUUGGAGAAUGACCAUGUGGGAGGUAGACACACCCUACCCAGAUUCUCCCCAGCAUUUUACCGAGGGUGGACAAAAAGCUGUCUGACCCAGUUAUUGCCUCCAUCAUCCUGUCCUACCAAGAUCAAUCUCCUAUCAAUCACCAAUCAAUCAAUUGCCAAUCAAUCGAUCAUUUGCCAAUCAAUCAAUCAAUUUAUUACCAUCAUUCAAUUAACUGCCAUCAAUUAAAUUUGCCAUCAAUCAAUUGCUGAUCAAUCAAUCCACCAAUCAAUCCCCUAUCAGUUACCUACCCAGAUCAUUCUAUCCUACCCAGAUCAAUCCCACAUGAUCUGUCCUAUCCAGUUCCUGCUUUCCACACGAUCAUUCUCCCCUCCUCCUACCUUGAUCUUUGGAGUCCUCAUGAUCACCGCUGGCUGAGCACUCUUCCAACCCAGAUGGGGAUCAUGUGAAUGGACCUAUUGCCUCUGCUUGGGCUGGCACAUGGACCAGGACACUUCCUCUGCAGUUCUCUGCAGAUUGACCCAGCCCUUCUACCUUGGCUGGGAACUUCUCCUACUCAGGAAGGGAUCAUGUGAACCAGCCUGCCUCCAGAACAGUAGGAAGCAUCCUUAAUGGCAACUAGUCCUGGAGGGAGGAUACGUCAUGCAUUUGGCUGCUGCGUUGGGGAGGAGGGUUUCAAGGGUUUCGUGUUCAUCAUGUGGAGUGUUGUCAGGAGAACACUCCAUAUAGUGACAACCAUGUGCCUGGCCUGGCCUGCACAUGGCGACUCCGAUGUUUAAAUUGGCCCUCACAACCGUGGCAUGGUAGAGGAGGCAAGAGCCAGAAUUGUGUUCAGUAUAUGUAGAAAAGGCCGCCUUCUGACCUGGGUUGUGAAACUGUAACCUCUGAUGGAGAUUUGUACCUACUCCUCCUUGUUCUGGCCACAAUCUUCUGUAUAUGGUACAUAUAUUCUGUACAUGGUACAUAGGAACAUAGGAAGCUGCCUUCUACUGAGUCAGACCCUUGGUCCAUUGUGCUCAGGAUUGUAUACCCAGACUGGCAGCGGCUUCUCCAAGGUUGAAGGCAAGAGUUAUCUACAGCCCUAUCUUGGAGAUGUCAGGGACCGCAGAUGCCCCCCCAAGAGUGGCUCCAUCCCCUAAGGGGAAUAUCUUCCAGUGUUCACACAUGUAGUCUCCCAUUCAAAUAAUAGUUGGUUGCAAACAAGUUGGACCCUGCUUAGCCAAGGGGACAAUUCAUGCUUGCUACCACAAGACCAGCUCUCCUCAGGAUGCGGUGUGGCAGAAGGUAGUGGAACUAGGAGAGAGAAGGGCAGAGGCAUCAGCAAAUGGAGACCUUUGUCUGAUGACACGAAUAAAGAACUGGAAGUUCAUUUUCAAUUCAGCUUCUCACAUUAUUCUAGAGUAGGGCUGCUCAACUUUGGCCCUCUGCAGAUGUUGUCCUACAACUCCCAUAAUCCCUGGCUAUGAAACACUGUUGCUGGGGAUUAUGGGAGUUGUAGUCCAAAAACAGCUGGAGGGCCGCAGUUGAGCAGCCCUGUUCUAGAGCAAAGGUGAGCCAGGUGAGACUCUCCAGCUGUUGAACUACAACUCCCAUCAUUCCCAUCUGCAGUUGCAGCUAGGGAUGGUGCGAGUUGCAGUCAACAAAAGCUGCAGAAACUCAGGUUGGCCCCUCCUGCUCUAGAGUAAAGACCUGGGGAGUUGCAAAGUCUUUUAAAAACUGUGAUUUUUGCCAAGUGUUUGUUUUUGAAUGUUUACCAAAUAACAGGAAUGGGUCGGUGACGGGGUACUUAUAUUAAGGACCCCCGGGUUCAAGCACAAAUGGCACGUUUUCAUAUCUGUGCAAUACACACAUCCUAGGAUGCUGCUAUGUAAUAGUGUAAGUGGAAAUGUUACUGAAUGUUCAGGCAGCUUAGUAGGUCUUUGAGUGGAGGAGGUGUGGUCUCUGCGGCAGUCGUCCCUACCACUUAGAGCUGUGGUUCCCAACCAAUAAUUGUAAAUAAUAAUAAUAAUAAAUGUUGAGGCUAUUCUCACGACCUCCCCAAACUGGGCUAAGGGAACAUAGCCUGAUUUGGGGAGGUCGUGUGCAGCACCGGGUGCCGAGGUUAGCGGAGCGAGCGUUCCCCGUUCUUUUGAUCGUGAGUCGCUGCAGCACGGCUGUGUGCUCUGUUGUCUCAUGAGGAGACCCCCAACCAGGAGGCUACAACAAGCCUCCCAGCCUCAAGAGUCUCUCCAGAAUGCCCCGCGCACUUGCAUGGGGCAUUCUAGGACUUCCGGAGGCCGGGCAGCCCCUGAUCCCCACUGCCCCUACCAGCUCCGGGACGGAACCGGUAAUCAUGCGAGUGGCCGAUCCAGCCACCCAGGGCUAGACAGAUGCUCGUGUGCAGGGAGAGCGGGCUCGACCCACUCUCCCCUCCAAACCCCUUACGGCUCUCCUCGCUGCUCAUGUGGAGAGGCUCUUUAUUUGUUAGCCGCCCCAUAACCAAUUGUUACAAGAGUUUGUCAGGUAACAAACCAGGAUUCCUCCAGAUGUUGCUGAACUAGAACCCCCAGCUACAAUUCACUAUGGUGGGGCUGCUGGGAAUUGUAGUUCAGCAACCUCUGGAGGGACCCUGGUUGGAAACCAUGGCCUCAGAGCUCUGUGGUGAGGCCAACUCAUGGGGAGGGUCCCACUUGCCCACGUUCUCUCCCCUACCAUCGAAAAUGGAGGGGAAUCAAAGCAUGGCCAUGGAGCACCAUGAGGCUGGGGCUCAAGACCGUCAGGUGACUGCAAGGAGCGUCCUCCAGCCAGCCUCCAGGCCCCAGGUGCAGUCCUGAGAAACGGCCCCGUGCCAGCAGAAACUGAAGAGGGAGGACAGGAAAGUGGACCGUGUGCUGGCCCCACUCUGGGUACGGCAGAAGGCGUCAUUCAGGCGUUCACCAAAAGCCCUGCUGCAGCCAUGUCGAGUGAGGCGAAGGAGGAGGAAGUUCUGCCCCCCACACAUCCAUCACCCGUGCGCCAUGCCACUCGUGGUCCUGAUGGGGCUUGUCUGCAGAGGGAAAAGCCCUUUCUGCGAUGCAUCGUUCCACCCUCGCAGUCACGGAUAGGGCAGGGCAUGUCGGUGACUGAUGCAGUGGGAGGCGGGACUUCCUCUCCUUCACCUCACUGUACACGGGUUUCUGAGGACUCUUCUCAGGGGCGUAGCUAGGAGAGUGGGGGGGGGGUCCGUGUUUGCCCCUCUCCCCGGCGGCCCCUUGGAGUGAGGGAGAUAAUGAAGGAAAUAGGGAGGGCUGGAGCUGGGGGGCCCUCAGGGGCUGGAGGCCCAGGUUCUUUGAACCCAUCCGCUCAAUUAUAGCGACACCCCCUGACUCUUCUCCAUUUGCAUCCCCUGCUGCUAUUUGUACUUCUCUGGCAUGCCUUUGCUCCCCCCCACCUCAGGAGUUAAGAGGCCUUCCUAAUCCAAGAUGUCAUAGGAAUAUAGGAUGCUGCCUUAUACCAAGUCACAGCAUUGGCCCAUCUAGCUCAGUAUUGUCUACACUGACUAGUGGCCCUCCAGAGUUUCAAAACAGUCUUUCCUGUAUACCUGGAAGUGCCGGGGAUUGAACCCAGGACCUUCUGCAUGCAAGGCAGAUGUUCUACCACUGAGCUAUGGACCCUUCCCCUACAGCAGAGCUGCACAUCUUGGGCCCUUCAGCUGUUUUUGCACUACAGUGCCCAUCAUCCCCAGCCUCUAUGGCCAAUAGUCAGGGAUAUUGGACCUGUAGUCCAAUAUCUGCAGGAGGGCCAAAGUUGUGCAUACCCUAAUGAAACAGCGGACAUGCUCAUAUGUAGUCAGUCAGCCAUCCAAAUGCAAAUGAAUGCAAACCCUGCUUAGCAAAGGGGACAAUUCAUGCUCAGUGAUGCGAGACUGGCUCUCCACCCCAAGGACGGGGGGGGGGAGAGAGUUGAAGCCAGUACAUAGGAACUGGGGAGUGGGGGGGACACCUCAAACCUGAUUUCUUUGGUUCCCAAAUGUCCCGGGAAAUUUCAAGUUGCUUCCUCAGGCUUCUGAAACACGGGUCCCCAGAUGUUCUUGGACUACAACUCCCAUCCUCCCUGGCAACAAUGACCAUGCUGGGCGUUGUAGUCCAACAGCAUCUGAGGACCCACGUUUGAGAAUCCCUGCUGUAGCAGAUAAACCAUUGCAGAAGGUCACCAGAAAACAACCACCAUGCCAUCUUCUCCCUACAUCCUGGCAACCAGCUCCCAGUUCAAAUAUGCAUAUAAUUCCAGGGAAUUCCUCUGGUACUAUCAAGCAAUAUUUUGAUUCUCCUCCAUCCCUCCCAACUUUCCUGGCUCUGAUACAGCUGUAGCUGCAGGCAAUGGACCAUGAGUCAUCAAGAGUGGUCCAUGAUGGAGAUGUCCAUCUCCCUCAAAUGCAUCUAGACGCUUCAGUCUGGCCCAGAUGAACAUUGUGAUGCAGAUGGGAAUGCAUAUCUUCAGCCACAUCAAAUACGUACAUGUAAGGCUGCUUGCGCAUGUGAAUUUCCCUUGCCCAAUGUAGCAGUUUCUCAUAGGAUCCAACCUCAUGGUGAGUGCUGAAAUUCAGGGAAGGCAGAUCCUUAUUUUAUUUCCUUUUUGUAAAGUAGAACUAUCUGGCAGCUGUAACCUGCAACUAUAUUGUGUGCAAACUUGUGUACCAGUCAUGAAAAUGCUAUAUACUGUAUUCUACAUAUAGACUUUUGUAUGGAGAUGAUAAUCAUAAUAAAAAUAAUAUUAUUAUUAUUACUGCAGCUAUAGGUACAUUAUAAUCCUUAUUAUGAUUGAAAAAAAUGUACUAGACAGUAUUACUCAAAAUAAUGAGUGUAUUAAUAUUACUUUUUGUAUUUAUGCCUUAUAAAUAAACUGGUUAUAUACACAA